AUGACUCAAUCAAUCCUAACCAGACUCUCCGCCCUCGACACCAACACCAUCUCCGACGCCCUGGACUUCCUCUCCCUCCAAGGCGCAACCUACGGCCUCCGCCCCCUCUGGUCCUGUCCCAAGAUCGUCGGCCGCGCCAGCACCGUCACCCUAGCCCCGAAGACCAACGACAAACCUACGUCCCACCUCCUCACCCCCGUCAUCGAUGCCGUCACCACCGAUGACCGCGUCCUCGUUAUCUCCGGCGGUCUCGACGGCAUCUCCUGCUGGGGGGAUAUCAUCGCCAACGCGGCCAAGGUGAAGAAUAUCCGCGGGACGGUCAUCGACGGCAUGUGCCGUGAUAUCGAUGGGAGUGAGGCGGUGGGGUAUCCGGUGUACGGGCGUGGAGUGACCAUGAUCUCUGCGAGGAAUCGGAUGGUGCAGGUGGAUUCGGGUGCCCCGGUGCAGAUGCGGGGGGUGAGCGUUAACCAGGAUGAUUAUGUUAUUGCUGAUACCUGUGGGACGGUGUUUGUGCCUGCGGAUCGGAUCGAGGAGGUAUUGGAUUUGGGCGAGCGGAUUGAUCGGAGGCAGAAUGGAAUGGUCAGGGAUGUGAAGGCUGGUAAGCCUGUGGAGCAGGUUAUGCACGAUACGCAGUUUGACGCUAUCCGCAGGACACCUACACCAUCGGCAACUACAGCCCAGGGAAACCCCAAACAAGCCACCCCCGAAGAUAAAGAGCUCGUAGCUCUCUUCGCGCACUCCGACACCCCCGGCGUCUCAGACGCACUCGACAAGCUUGGCAUCCCCGGACAGGCACACGGGAUCCUCCCACUCACCAACUCCCAAAAGGUCACCGUCGGUCCGGCAUUCACAGUCCGCUACGUCCCCGCCAGCAACCCACCUGGCAGCGUAGGUGACUUCAUCGACGAUGUCGCCGUCGGCGACGUAAUCGUGAUCGAUAACGCCGGCCGCACCGACUGCACCGUCUGGGGCGAUAUCAUGACACAAUACGCAGGUCUACGAGGCAUCGCAGGGUCAGUGAUUGACGGCGUAUGUCGCGAUGUGAAUAAAGCCAUUGCCGAUGAUUACCCGCUCUACACGGCUGGACGGUGGAUGCGGACAGGCAAGGAUCGGGUCCAGGUGGGAGGUGUGAAUGAGGCGGUUGGGAUUGGGAGGGUGCGUGUUGAGCCUCGGGAUAUUGUGGUUGCUGAUGCGAAUGGGGUCGUGAUUGUGCCGCGGGAUAGAGCGCGUGAGGUGGCAAGGGUUGCGAGAGAGAUUGAGGAGAGUGAGGAUGGGAUUCGAGGGUUGAUUGUUGGGGGUGCUACGAUUGCUGAGGCGAGGGAGAAGUUGGGGUAUCAUACUUUGCAGCGGAAGGGAUAA